AUGGUGCCUCCGCACCCGAGCUCAGCGGUGAAGCUGGAGACAAAUGGUGGAUAUGUACCCGAGAUCUGGACUUGGUACGCGCUCGGUAUAUUGAUCCUCAUCCUUCGUCAUGUUGUCAGACUCCGUACAGUAGGCAUACAGGGAUACCAAGGUGACGACUACUUGUCCAUAAUUUCUAUGGGUCUGUACACCGUCGACACCACCAUGGGCUAUUUCGCCUACUACACCGGAGGAAACAUCGACGUGACAGCCGACGAGGUCACCUCACUCAGCGAUGCAGACGUACGCAUCCUCGAAAUGGGCAGCAAGAUGGAAUUCGUGACCUGGUACACCUAUCCAGGUUUCGUCUGGGUCUUGAAGUUCUGUAUCCUCUUCUUUUACCGCCGCCUGACCUUGGGUCUGAUAAAGGAGCGAACCCUCAAGUUCCUAUUCGUAUUUUGCGGCGUUACAUGGGCCGCACUGAUAAUCGCCGUGAGCUCAACAUGCCGACCUUUCCGCAAUAACUGGACCAUCCGCCCGCUGCCCGGCGAGGAGUGCAUUUUUCGAGCUCAGAACUUCAAGGCCCUGGCCGCACUCAACAUUUCAACUGACAUGGCCAUCUUGACCAUUCCCGCGCCGAUGAUCUGGCAACUCCGGAUACCAUUGUGGAAGCGCAUCGGCGUCACCCUCCUGCUAUGUGGCGGCCUAUUUGUCAUCUCCGCCGCCAUCAUCCGCGCCGCCUUGACACUCACCGGCACGCCGAGCGUCCUCAACAUCAACCUGUGGGGCUACAGGGAGACUGUGAUAGCUUUGCUGGCAGUUACAGCUCCGGUAUUGAGCCCGAUGUUUAGACCUGGUUUCUGGACGAGGGGCGUCUACGUCGGCCGACCGGCGGAUGACCAGCAGCGCGAUGCGGAGGAGGAGAUUGCGGCCAUGGAGAGGGGGAGGAGGAGGAGGCUAAUGGGAAGCUGGUUCUUUGGCAGCAGCUUACUGCACAGCUCGUUGUUGACGAUCAAGUCGAGCGUUAAGUCGGCCGUUUUCACCACUAGGACGAGGGCUGCAGAGGUGGAUCCGGAGAUGGCCGAGGCUCCAGCACCAGCACAGCAGGUGUUAUCACCUACGGUUGAGGAGCCCGCCAGAGCACAAUUGGUCCAGAAAUCCACUGACCGAGUCCCCUCAGAAACCCACACAUCGGGCAAUGCAAGGCCCAAGCCGGUCAACUUUGGCGUCAUCGUCUUCCCAGCCUUCCAGCUGCUAGACGUGUUCGGCCCCCUGGACGCGCUCAGCCUGCUGUCGCGCUCCUACAACAUGAACCUAUACAUCAUCGCUGCCACCAUGGACCCGGUGUCCACAAAGAGAUUGACACCCCCAGACAGCGGCGGCAUCCAACCGGGCCCCUCCAAGUCCCCCGGGUUCGGAACCACCAUCCUGCCAACCCACACCUUCUCGACGGCACCGGACCUGGACGUGCUGGUCGUCCCGGGCGGCCAGGGCACAAGGGCGCGGUCGCCAGCCAUAUCCGAGGCCAUUGGCUUCAUACGGGAGAGGUUCGACUCGCUUCAGUACCUCAUCACCGUGUGCACGGGGGCUGGGCUUGCCGCACGGAGCGGCGUGCUCGACGGGAGGCGCGCGACGACGAACAAGCUGGCGUGGGAGGAGACGACGGCGCUGCGGCCGCAGGUGGACUGGGUUCAUCGGGCGCGUUGGGUCAACGAUGGGAACAUCUGGACGUCAUCGGGUAUCAGUGCCGGGAUAGAUGUGACGUUCGCUUGGAUUGAGGAUGUCUACGGGGCUGAUGUCGCGAAGGAUGUUGCGGAUCGGAUGGAGUACACGCGUGUAACGGAUCCUGACAAUGAUCCAUUUGCUGGCCCACGUGAUUGA